AUGAAUCAAAAUAUUUUACAAUAUCAGAAGUUGAAUGACCAAAGGUUUGCUAGUCUAGAACUUAAAUUGGGCCAAAUCUGUGAUGCUCUAAAUGAGAGGGAAAGGGGUAAACUCCCUAGUCAACUUCAGCAAAAUCCGAAAGGCACAUUUAAGGCAAGUACAUCUAAUUGUAAUGAGACUGCACAUGCUGUCACCACUUUUCGUAGUGGUAAAAUUGUUGAUAACAAUGUAGGUGUACCACAGACUAGUGAGUCUGAGUCAGACUCAUCAUUGCAUACAACGCCACAGAAAACAUCCAUUGUAGAAAAUGACUCUGAGAAUGUUUGUAAAUCUAAAAAUUCUACUGAUGAUAAUGUUUCUUUGCCAGCUAAUGUUCCUGUUGCUCCAUUUCCUCAAACGUUGGUGCAGCAGAAGAAAGUUACACAUUACAAUGAGAUGUUAGAGAUGUUCAAACGAGUUAACAUCAACAUCCCAUUUCUUGAAGCCAUAAAGCAGAUCCCUGCUUAUGCUAAGUUCUUGAAAGAUCUGUGCAUACAAAAGCGAAAGCUUAAUGUGCAUAAGUGUUCCUUUGUUGUUGAACAUUUGGGUCUUGGAGAGUUAAAACCAACACCUAUAACUCUGCAAUUGGCGGACAGAUCUGUCAAAGUGCCACGUGGUGUGGUAGAAGAUGUUCUAAUAAAGUUUGGUAACAUGACUGUGGAGUUGAAUGUUUUUAAUGCUAGCCAACAACAUUUAGAUCUUGAUGAUGAUAAUGAUGUGCAUGAAAUCAACAUGAUUGAAAGUUUGAUUCUAGAUUCGUUGUCUAAUAGCAUGUCUGUUGACCCUUUGCAUGCUUGUUUGAAUAAUUUUAACUUGGAUCUGUUUGAUGAUGAAUACAUAAGUGAAGUGAAUUAUUUGCUUGAAUCUUCACCUCUCAUGGACACCACCAAAUGGAAAUAUAGAGUGGAUCCACUUCCACUCUGUGAAUCCACUCUCUGA